GAAAGUCGUCUGUCGUCUGUCAUACAGUCCAUAACGAGUGUCUCCUCUUUAGUAGUAAUAAAUAAUAAUUUAAGUUUUGUCAGUCUUGUGCAUUAUACAACAUAUAAUAUAACAUGGUGUCAGAAUUAUAGUCGUCGUCGUCGUUUUCCUACUAGCAGCAGCUCGAAAUAAUGAGUUCACCGGUCAGUAACGCAGGUCAGCCAUCUUUAACUUUAUCCCGUUUAAGUGGUCAACAGGAACUAUCCGGCAAUCCAGUUCCAUCGUUAUUAUUAGAAGGAAAUUUAGCUCAUAACUGGUCAAUCUGGUAUCAGAAAUUUAAAAUAUUUUUGCGCGCUAGUAAUUUAGAAAAUGAAACUGAUUCCCGUAAAGUCGCCAUAUUUUUACGUUUUGUGGGAGAAGACGCGUUACAGGUUUUCAAUUCCUUUAACUUGGAUAUGGACAAUUGUCAAUAUUUGGAUGUAGUAAAAAAAUUUGAGUCUCAUUGCAAACCUAAAACUAAUCUCACGAUUGAGAGAUAUAAUUUUUUGACCAGAAGACAAAAACCAGACGAGUCAAUCGAAGACUUCGUAACUGCACUAAAGAACCUAAGCCUAACGUGCGAGUUCGAUAAUCUCCGAGAGAGUUUGGUCCGAGACAUGUUUAUUGUAGGUUUGUCGUCAAAUAAUAAAGUCAUCAGAGCUAGGCUACUUCAGGAAGAAGGCUUAACCUUAACGAAGGCCAUCAGCAUAGCCAAAAGCAUCGAAAUUACUCAUCGUCAGGCGGAGCAGAUUGAAAAGAACAGUGAUGCACAGAUACUCAAAGUCGAAAAGUUCAAUCACAACAGCACUCGUCGUGGAAAUCUACAAAAUAAAGCAACAAGUAGUGGAAGGAGGACAGUCUUAGGUGGUCAUCGAGAGUCGUUAUCGUCAAAGUUCUCAAGGUUUCGUCAAACAGGUCAGGACAAUCAAUUAUUAUGUACGCGUUGUGGACAGGUACACCGAAAUAAAUGUCCGGCUAUUAAUGCUGUCUGCAAGCUUUGUAACAAAGUAGGUCAUUAUGCGAAAUGUUGUCGUACUAGACAAGUAAAAUAUGUUAAUGUUAGUGAUGAUCGCGACCAUGAUAGUAAUAAGUCGGAUCUCUUUGUCAUUAGAUCUAUUAAUAGUAAUAACAAUUGGUUAAGUGAGCCGUGGAUCCUAAAACUUAAGAUUAAUAACAAAGUGUUAGAAUGUAAUUUGGAUACGGGUGCUCAGGCUAAUGUAAUGUCAAUAAGAAAUUAUAAAAGUUUAAAAAUUGCUAGAAAAAUACAACCUACGGCUGUAAGGCUUACGUCAUUCUCAGGAAAUGAUAUACCAGUUUUGGGAGUGGUGUUAGUCAAUGGUGUAAUCAAUGAUAAUUUGUCAGCUAGUAUUCAUUUUGUAAUUACUAAUACUGAUAGUCAGACCAUUAUAGGGCUACCUACAAUCCAAAGACUAGGUUUAGUCAAAAGAGUAUUUAAUAUCAAUAAUCAUGAGUCAGUCCUGUCGCAGUAUAAAGAUGUAUUUGAGGGUCUUGGUUGUCUACCAGGAGAAUAUGAAAUAUCCGUUUACAAAGAUAUAGUACCAGUGAUAGAACCGCCUAGGAAAAUACCGUUUAUGUUAAACGAAAGGUUUAAAAAAGAACUGGAACGUAUGCAGUCUUUAGAUGUUAUAGCAAAAGUAAGUGAGCCUACCGAAUGGGUAAAUUCAGUUGUUAUUGUUGAAAAGAAAGAUAAGUCAUUGCGAGUCUGUCUAGAUCCAAGAAAUCUGAAUAGAGCAAUAAAGAGGUGUCAUUAUCCAUUACCAACUGUAGAAGAACUGAGGUCAAAAUUAGCUGGUGCUAAGUAUUUUUCAACUUUAGAUGCACAGUCUGGAUUCUGGAUGAUAAAACUGAGUGAAAACAGUUCGAAGUUAACUACAUUUAAUACUCCUUUUGGUAGAUUUAGAUUUAAACGUCUUCCUUAUGGUGUGUCAAGUGCUCCAGAAAUUUUCCACAAAAUCAUGACUGAUUGGUUCUCAGACAUACAAGGAAUCAUGAUAUAUCUUGAUGAUAUACUGAUUUAUAGUCAAACAUUAGAAUCUCAUAACGAGAUACUGCAAAAAGUCCUUGAAAAAGCUCGUCAAAUUAAUUUAAAGUUUAAUAAAGAUAAGUGUCAUUUUCUAAUGAAAGAAGUCAAGUAUUUAGGUCACAUUUUUAGCCAAAAUGGAAUGUGUCCUGAUCCAGCUAAAGUUAGUGCAAUAUGUCACCUACCAGCACCUAAGGAUAUAACGGAACUUAAACGUUUUUUGGGAAUGGUAAAUUAUUUGGGAUCUUACAUUGAUAACUUAGCUGAUAAAACCUUCAACCUACGUCUAUUGUUAAAAAAGAAUAUAGCGUUUCAUUGGUCAGAGAAACAGCAGUCAGAGUUUCAAUUAUUAAAGGAAGUAAUAAGCAAUGCACCAGUCUUAACUUAUUUCCAACCCAACCAGCCUUUAACAUUGUCUGUGGAUAGCUCAAAGGCGGCAGUUGGUGCAGUCAUACUACAAAAUAACAGACCCAUAGCCUAUUCAUCAAAGUCAUUGACAGAGUGUCAGUCACGUUAUGCACAAAUAGAAAAAGAGCUGUAUGCAAUUCAGUAUGGUUGUAAUCGAUUUCGUCAAUAUAUUUACGGUCAUAGGGUCAUUGUGGAAACUGAUCAUAAACCUUUGGAGACAUUAUUUAAGAAACCAUUGUCUGAAGUGCCAGUGCGUCUACAACGUAUGAUGCUGAAUCUGCAACAAUAUGAUCUGAGUGUUACAUAUAAACCGGGCAAAUUCCUGUUCAUAGCAGAUACUUUAAGUAGGGCUCCAGUAGAUCCACCCGACGUAGAGGAUUCUCUAGAGGAGGAUCUCCGUAUACAUGCCAACUUAUUGAUGACUAAUCUUGCAGUGUCUCCUGAACGUCUAGAGGAGAUUAAACUAGCAACCCUGAUGGAUGCAGAUCUUCAAAUCAUUAUGAAAUAUUGUCUUACUGAGUGGCCUACAUCAAGAAACAAGCUUGACUGUCAAUUAAAACCUUACUUUAAUAUACGUUAAGAACUCCAUGUCAUCGAGGGUUUAUUGCUUAAAGGUCGUCGUCUUGUAAUUCCUUUAAGUCUUCGUUCCAAAAUAUUAGACAUUAUUCAUGAAGGUCAUUUGGGCAUUGAAAAAUGUCUAAGACAAGCAAGAAGUGUUGUAUAUUGGCCAAACUUAAAUGUCGAUAUAAAAAACAAAGUAGAACAAUGUCACGCUUGCAUUAAAUUCAGAAGAGCAAACAAUGCAGAGCCUCUUAUUCCACAUGAGCAUGUCAACCUGCCAUGGCAAAAAGUAGGCAUAGAUUUUUUUUAUUAUAAUAAUAUUACUUAUUUGCUAGUCAUAGACUAUUUUUCUAAAUAUUUCGAAUUAGUCUCAGUCAGUUCCAAUAAUGCUAAGCUGGUCAUAACAAAUCUAAAAGCAAUCUUUUCGCGUCAUGGAAUUCCUGCAGUCAUUGUUUCUGAUAAUGGUCCACCCUUCAAUUCAGAAGAAUUUAGAUUAUUCCUAAAGUGUUGGGACAUAACUCACAGAACAUCAAGUCCACACCAUCCCAAGAGCAAUGGUCUUGUUGAAAGAGCUGUUGGCACUAUUAAACAUCUUUUUAAUAAGUGUCGUGAAAAUAAUUCAGAUCCAUACAUCGCAAUGCUACAAUAUAGAAACGCGCCUUUGCCUUGUGGAUAUUCUCCAGCACAACUCCUGAUGUCUAGAGCACUGAGAAUGAAACUCCCUGUCAGCGAAACUGUGUUGAGGCCAAGAGUCAUAGAUAUAAAACACUACAACAAAAUCCGUGCAGAGGAAGUGAGUAAAGCAAAAACCUAUUAUGACCAGCACACUAAAGUCUUAUCACCUUUAAAGGAAGGUGAUGAAGUAUACUAUAAAAAGAGUCCAAAAGAACCAUGGUCACCUGCAUCUGUUGUCAAAGUUGGCCCGAUGCCCAGAACAUAUGUCAUUAAAACACCAGAUGGAAUUCACUAUAGAAGAAACAGACAUCACUUAUUGAAGACUCCUAGAACAACAGAAGUGCCAACUUGGAAAAUAGAAGAUACAAUUAACAGCAUGCCUACAUCUAGUCCAAUUACUCCUGAGCAGGCAAAUAGUCAAGCAGAACCUGACAAAAUAACUGAACCUGUCUCAGCUCAACCCCGUGUUCUGACAACCCGCUCGGGCAGGCAGAUAAAUAAGCCUCGCAGAUUUUCGUUUACUGAGAAUGAUGAAAGUCCACAAAAGUUGUAA